UUGUGUCGAAAUAUUUAAAUAUUUUAACUUUUCCAAUAUGGCUGGUAAUGAGGCUGAACAUGGUGCUAUUGUCAGAAAUAGAGAUUUGAUUGAUGUGUGGAUAGAAGCACCGAGAGGAAAUAGAAAACAGGUGGUUUAUGAAAAGAUAUUAUCUCUUAUUGAUAUAACAGAUGAACCUUCCAAACAUCUUAAAAGUAAUAUUAUGAAAUUCAGCCAGUUGUUUGGGUUGAAAAUGGCAAAUAAAUGGCAGAAAGUAGGACAAUCUCGGAAUCGACUUUUACAAAAUCAGGUAUAUUGGUUAGACAAGAUUAUAUAUAGAAUAAAUAAUGAUUCUGAAGAAAACACAUCUUCGGAUGAGGAACAAGAACCUCCUUGUCGCUCAGUUGGACGGCCACGGGUGCCAUUUGAAGAGGCAUCGAAGAAAACAAAACGAAGACGUGUAGCCGAACUAACCACAGACAGAUCUGCAAAUGAACUUCAAUUUGCUGUAAAUGUCGUUUCUGGAAGCAAUCACAGUGAGGUCUCGCCACAAAUUUUUAGUUUUAGUACAGCUGAAGCCUUAGCCCUUAUGGUAGAUUUGGAUAUAUCCGUAAGAAAGUAUUUGCUACUUAGGUCUGUUAUUAAUGAAGUUGAUUUGCAAGAACUUCUACAGAAAACAGCUGAAAGUAUCCUUGAAAUAAUAAAUUUUGAAGAGAGAGAUUGCCGGAUUAAAGUGAUAUGCAAGUGGGGAUUUAAUGGCAGCUCUGGGCAUAGCCAAUAUAAGCAGAAAUCUUCUGAUUUAGAAAACACGGACGAAUUUCUGUUUUUUGUAGCAAUGACGCCACUCAGAUUGAUUGAUAUGGAAACGAAUAAGGUUCGUGGGCCUGAAAACAAAGCUAUAGUCGAAGCAAACAAAAAACGAAUCCAAGCAGAGUUCAGAGCCAAGCUGUCUCUAAUAGUUGACAAACCAAAACCCGGGUAUGGCUCCUCAAAUGAUGGCAAUACGGCCAGAAUUUUUUUCCACAAUCCACAAACAAGUUCAGAUAUCACAGGGGUUGACAGGGAAUUAAUCGAGAAAUUUGCGAUCAUCUUAGGAGUGUUAGCUAGUGGUUGCGCUAUUGAUAUGGAAAAGUUUGCGUCAUUGCUGGAAGAAGCAAGGAAUUGGUAUAUCCACCUUUAUAAGUGGUCCAACAUGCCAAACAAGGUACAUAAGGUCCUUGUUCAUGGGUGUGAGAUAAUUGAUGCAUUUUGUUUGCCCAUUGGAGAACUGUCGGAGGACGCGCUUGAGGCUCGCCAUAAAGAGGUUAGGAAACAUCGAUUAUCUCACACCAGAAAAUGUUCAAGAACAGAUACGAAUAAGGAUCUCAUGCGUGAUCUUUUACUUACUUCUGAUCCUUUUAUAUCCUCAAAAAGAAAGGUGAGCUCAAAAAAUAUAUGA